AACGUGCUUGCGCGGCGCCUAAGGCAGCUCCGUAAGCUCAGAGAGAAGCAGCAACUCAUCAUCGUACCGGAGGGGCAGCCCCGACGACCUCGACGCGCGGUCGAACGCAUCGUGCGGACAUCCACGAGCAAGGGGUCACGAUGCCGUCAGUCGACAGCCCGGAGAUGGACGACCUCCUCCUAAAGCUGGCCUUCGCACGCGGCGGCGGCCCCAAGAAGCAAGCGAAGCAAAAGCCGGCGUGGAACGACGCCGUCGAGGCCGUGAGGAGCGCAUAUGGCGGGAAGAAGAAACCAAAGCCGCCCAAGCAGGCCCCGUCGCGGUGGAAGCCAGCGCCGCGGCCCGGGCGGAAGCCGCUCGCGCCGAAGCGCAACGCCCGGCCGGCGAAGAAGCCGGCCAAACCUGAGAAAGUGCUGCCCGAGGUCCCGGGCGCCGAACCCAUGCGGCCGGCCGUUCCCAAGCCGGCGGCGCCGCGGCCGCGCAUGCCGGCGAAGCCCCAGGGCCCGCGGCGGCCCGCCGCGCCCGGCCGCCGCGUCGUCAUCGACCCCGGCCCGCCCGGUAUAAACCCGCGGCCGCCCGCCGGCUGCCCGCCGGCGCGGCCCGAGGCCACGCAGCCGCUCACGGAGGACGCCGCCGCGGCCUUCGUGCGGUUAAAUGGCGGCGGCGAGAUCCGGGGGCUCAAGCUCUUCGAGGACACGGUGAACAUCCGCGUCGAGCUCGACCUCGGCGAACCGGCGGCCCGGGAGGAGGCAACCGCGGAGCCUCCGGAGGAAGCGACUGCCGAGCCCACGUCCGCGCCUAGUACGCUGGAGCGACCGGAGUCUGGGCCCGUCGCAGACGCGCCUGAGGAGUCUCAGCCCGUUUCGGCGCCGACGGAGGCAGCUGAGCCCGUCGCGGCGCCGACGCCGUCGACAGACGAGCCUGAGGAACCCGAGCCCGGCGCCGCACCGACGCCGUCGACGGAAGCGCCCGAGCCCGUCGCCGCGCCGACGCCGUCGGAGGCGAGCAUGGACGGGUCGAUCGUCAUGGCCCUCGCGACGCCGCCGGACGCGCCCGAGGAGCCGGGACAAGCGCCCCGCUUCGCCGUCGGCGCGCGCGUCGAGGCGCGGUUCGAAGCGGGCGAGACGUGGUACGCCGGCGUGAUCGAACGCGUAGACGGGGACGCUUACGACGUCGCCUAUGACGACGGAGAUCACGAGUCGAACGUCGCGGCGGCGCUCGUGCGAGAAGAGGUCGUGACGACGCGGUCGCUCGACGUGGGCCCUACGACCACUUCGCCGGAGCCGUCUGCGCCGGAGCCGACGCCCGAAACAGCAAAACGCCCGGAGCGGACGAUCGACGUCGCCCCGCCGCGCCGGCCGCCGGCGGAGCCGCGCGAGAGCGCGGAGCUCCUGAACGUCGCGGACGCCGUCGCGCCCGAGGAGGACGCGUCGGACGGCGGCACGGCACUCCCUCCGGGCCCGACGGCGACGCAGACGACCGACGGCUACGGCGACGACGACUUCGAGGACUUCACGGAAACAAUAAAACCGGGCGCGCGGACCGUCGGCGCGGCGUCGAAGCUCCAGGACGCUGUGUUGGGGUGGCUCGAAUACAAGCGCUGCGACGCCCCGCCCGAGAAGACGGAGUGGACUUUGAAUGAGGUCCGGGCCUCGGUCUGCGUCGACGGCGAGGUCUCCUCAGCUUCCUUCGAGAAGCUCGGCUGGAAGGUCUGCCACCAGGCGUUGACCCGGUUGCAGGCGCCGAACCGGGGCCCGACGAAGGACCUCGCCGACCGCCUCGCUUCACUACUAACAACUUAA